AUGGAUGAUCAUGCCAUCUCAAUGGAGGAGAUCAUCCCUGACCCGUUUUGGGAGGAUCUGCCACCACCACCGGAGCCGCCUCUGGUGACUAGUGAUGGUCUCAUAGAUGGAGUUGCUACUGAUGGAGGUGGGGAGGGUACCAACGCAAUGGACCAGAACCAGAGCCCCUCGGAGUGGAGCUUUGAGAGGUUGCUAGAAGAGGAGCUUCUGACUGACGCAGCACCAUUGGAGAACUUCAGUGGCUCAGCUACUCAUGCUGACACAGUGGUUGAGGAGGUGGACCAUGCAACGAUGGCGCCUGCGGCCGUGAGCACGGUAGGCGAUCCCAUGGAGUACAACACCAUCCUGAAGAGGAAGUUGGAUGAGGACCUCGCCACCGUCGCCAUGUGGAGGGCUUCCAGUGUUGUGCAUCCAGAACAUUCACAAGGCUCAAACAAUUACAUUGGAGGUAACAUAAAUUUCGUGCAGAACAUGCGGUCCAUUAGUGAAGGUCCAAUAAAUCGCGCUCGAAAUGCAUAUAUUCGUGCAAGGCUUGCUACUUCCUCUUCCUCAAGGGAUCCUUCACCCUCAGAUGAUGACGAUAUGGAUGGAGAAGUAGAAAUACUGGGAUUUAAGCUGCCUACUGAAGAGAAAGUGAGGAAAAGAAAGGAAUCCAACCGAGAAUCAGCCAGGCGCUCAAGAUAUAGAAAGGCAGCUCACUUGAAGGAGAUGGAGGACCAGGUUGCACAGUUAAAAGUUGAAAACUCUUCUUUGCUGAGGCGCCUGGCUACUCUGAACCAGAAGUAUACUGAUGCUACCGUUGACAAUAGGGUGCUGAAAGCAAACAUGGAGACCCUAAGAGCUAAGGUGAAGAUGGCUGAGGACGCACUGAAGAGGGUUACAGGGACGAUGAGUUCAUCACAGCCCUCCAGGCCUUCUCCUCCGGUGCCAGCCAAUGCUGACGCUUCAGGCCCUAUCCUUGACAACAUCAUUGACUACCUGAUGAACUCAACAGAUGCCACGACUGACAACAAUUUUGAGCCGAGAACGGCGACGACCCCGUCGUUCUCACAACAAGCUGAGAAGCCGGCGGCGGCCAGCACGAACAGCGCCAUGAUAAACCGGAUCGCUGCGCAUCACGCGGUGGCCGUCGAGCUUCUCCACAAGAGGCUGGGUGCCAUGCCGACGGCCUCCUCUGGGGUUGCACCACCGCCGGAACCUGCGCCGCCGUCGGAUGUGCUGGUUGAGUCCACUGACAUGGGUGUGCAUUAGGCAUUACUACCUCUAUUGGGAAUACCUGAAGUAAGCUGAACAAUGUUGUGUCGUCGUCGUGGUGUGGACUCGUGCGU